CGCCACUGUGAUAGGGACAGGUGGCACGCCGCCCCCGAUCACGCAACUUGCGCUCGCGAAACUCCCUUUUGUUUAUAACACUUGUUGUGCUCUUAUUUAGUGACAAAUUGAAAAGCGAUUGAGUCUAACAUUUGUUUGCGAAUUAAAAUGUUAACUUGAAAGUGUCGUGAAGUGAUCACAUAGGAUACCGGCUCAGUCAGUAAUGUCGUCAAGUACGAUUUAAGUGCAAAAUUGUCUUAGUCAAUUGAAAUGACGAUGUACACAAAUCCCGCAUGGAUUACACUGGUGUGAGACAGUGCUGAAUUUCGGUCUACUUAUUUAAUUAACGCGCCCAAGAGGUGCCUCCAGCAGAGGCAAGAUGAUGGAGUGCUUGUGCCCUGCGCCGCGCACGCUGGCGUGCCGCGUUGUAUUGCUGGACGAGAGGGAGCUUCUCCAUGAGUUACAGGAUAACAAUACGGGGCAGGCGUUACUGGAUGUCGUGUUUAGGCAUCUUGAUCUCCUGGAAACUGCUUAUUUUGGGCUGCGCUACGUCGAUCAAGACAAUCAAACUCAUUGGUUGGAUGCCGGUAAGCGUCUGCGUCGCCAGCUCAGAGGCUCAGACCCCCAUACAUUCUACUUCGGCGUGAAAUUCUACGCUGCUGAUCCUUGUAAAUUACUGGAAGAGAUCACACGGUAUCAAUUGUUUUUGCAACUGAAACAAGACGUGCUCCGCGGUCGUCUUCCUGUUAACUUCGAUCUCGCCGCCGAGUUGGCUGCUUACGUUCUGCAAUCGGAGCUGGGUGACUAUGACCCACGACGGCACACGCCGGGCUAUGUGUCUGAAUUCCGACUCCUGGCCCAUCAGACUUCAGAGCUGGAGACACGCGCCGCUGAUAUACAUCGUACCCUCACAGGCAUUUCUCCAGCACAAGCAGAGCUGAGUUAUUUAGAUAAAGUAAAAUGGCUCGAUAUGUACGGUGUUGAUCUGCAUCCUGUAUUGGGCGAGGACAGCGUGGAAUAUUUCCUAGGACUAGCACCAAGCGGACUUCUGUUGUUGCGAGGCAAACACACUGUCGCCAACUACUACUGGCCCCGAGUUUCCAAACUUUACUACAAGGGGCGCUACUUCAUGCUCCGUGUAGCGGAUAAAAACAAUGAAACUUCAACGUACGGAUUUGAGUCACCGACCAGAGCGGCCUGUCGACAUUUGUGGCGAUGCUGCUCUGACCAUCAUGCAUUUUUCCGUCUUCAGCAAACCUCACCGGCUUCCGCUGAUAUUUUUGCCUUAGGCUCAAGACUGAGAAAUAGUGGACGUGGAAGCAGGCCCCGACCACCGCCAACGUUCAGCCGUACACCAUCACGCCGAAUCGCGCGCCCCCCGCACGCAUCACACACUUCCUUGCAUGACGUGCCAAAAUUAGAAGAUUUGAGAAUAAAAGACUGCCCCCCAGAAGUUAAGCAACCUACCUCAGUUCAUCGACCGAAUUCAAUUAGCGGCGAGGUGACUGGAGGCCCACCGUCGAUGGGGCCUGGUGGGUCCCCGAGGUCCACACGUUCGGCUCCGACGCGGCGCGGGUUGUAUUCUGCCUCGCCGACUGCGACCCGUCCACCGCCUGCACCCCGACACAGAUCUGCCUCUGUUGAUUCACAGAGUUCCAACGAUUCACGAACUAACCGCAAACAUAAGCAUAGGUCCCGCCGUCAGCAGUCAGAUGCGGAGAGCGAACUGUCUCGUGGGUCAGGCCGAUCAGGACGACGGCACAGGCGCCACCGUUCGCGGCACAAGCAUGAGUCUGGCUCCGAGAGAGACGACUCCCAACCUGAUGCCAAAGAAUAUGAACUAAUAGAAUCAGAGUCUCAGUGGAAGGAAGUACUCAGACAAACGAACGCUGGUAGCGGCGUUCAAGUAGCGAAUGUUCGACGGUCACAAAUGGAACCAGAAACUGGAACACAUCGAUCUUCUCAUAGACAUCGGAGACACAGAAAACAUAGGUCCAGAUCUGGUUCUCCGAAUGAUAAGAAGUGGCUACCCAAUGAAUUAAAACAGCAUUUAGAGUUUUCAUUAGUCGAUACCACGGGCAUGACUGAGGAACAAUUGAAAGAAAUACCAUAUACCGUAGUCCAGACAAGUCACGCUCGCCAAACUAAGCUUCGGACAUCUUCUAAACAUAAACAAGCUGAACAUGGAUCGUUGGCUAGACGAGAGAAGAGUUCUUCAUUACACGGCAAAAGUCCCCAUGACAGUCACAACCAAGGGUCACUUAGAUCUAUUUCGAGUACCUUGAGUACCCAUAGGACUAAUAAUGAGAAGCAUGGACGGCGUAUAUAUCCCAGCUUUGACGAGACCGCUGGACGAAAUGGGGAUGAUUUUCUAACAAACAAUGGAUAUAAAGGAAAUGUCACACCGGUAUCGAACAAUAAUAAUCCGUACAGUCCGGUGACAAACAGUAAUAGUAAUAGCUCAAGUGGGGAGCUGAUAACAGGCAGCGCGAGGGUAUCGCACGAGCACACAGAUUCCGGGCUAGGAGCUGACCAGGAUUACGCCUAUUCUUCUGAGAGGUCCAGCGACAGCACCAAGGGUGGCGCGGGCGGUUCGACAGCGCCAGUGAGUAGGCAGUGGACGGGGACGGGCGGUGCUGGCAGCGCGGGCGGGUCGGGAUGGGCUGGAGGUGCGGGCGGCACGGGCGGCGCGCUAGCUCGGCGGCCGCCGGCGGCGCCCAGCCGAGUCACCGGCUCGCAGCGCUCUCUGCUGUCGGUCGCCAGCGACAGUGUUACCGCGCGCCGCCCGCGCGAAUUCGCCCCCCGCGGAUACCCUCACGCCGCGGACGGUGGCUUUUCUCUCUUUAGACAUGCUAGCAACAACAACAUAUUGAUCGGCGAGAGCGGGUCGCUGGCGCGGCGGUACGCGCGGCCGUCGCGUGAGUCGCGCGACAGCUCGCGCGACCACAACGCCAACCUGGCGCGAACGCAUGCGCGCCUUGCGCACGCGCACGUACGCCAUGACAACACCCUCGACAUUAUUCUUAAGCCUCUCAUAGAAAGCACGCAGCUGCAGAGCAAUUAAAUCCGGAGAACGACACAUCUGUUAAUGUAGCAGAGACUGCUUUGAAGUCGUCUGGUAGCAUCAAACCUCCCGGAGCCGCUGAGAUGAGCACUGAACUGUAAAAAGGAAAACAUUUUAGUUGAACUUAAUUGUAAAUAUACCUAUAAUACGUAUUCUAUUCACAUUUUAAUUCAUAAAUAGGUAAUGCGUGUUUAUAACCGUUGCUAAGUACCUCUAAAUUGUUAUUUUAUUAUGUUUUUGUUACGAUGUUGUGUCAACUUUUUAACUAAUAGGAAAUAAUUAUAUGGUUACUUAUAACUAUUAGAUAAAUUUAAAAAUAAAUAGUAUGGAGCUUUUUUGGAAAUAUUGAGUCAAUAACGAAAACCUUGGUACGAUAAUUCCAAAAGGUUUCCAUUUUAGUUUUAUAACGUGACGUAAGGGAAAAGAUAUCACAGAAUAAUAUUACUAGAGAUACGAGAUAUCGUAGAUGGGCUGAAAAAAUAUUACGAUGUGAUUUAUGGUAACCUAGCGAGAAAGGUGUGUAGUAAGAGAAAAAUCUAUGGUCUCCCUGCGGGGGACACGCGCACGUAUUGCGUAAUACAUUGUGUUCUGCCUAUAUGUAUGUAUGUACGUACCUAUAUAUUUUUUUUUGUAAAUAAUACGACAUAUAUUCCAUCUAUAAUAAUCAUUAUUGUAACAAAUUAACAAAAACGAUAGACUCUUAAUGAAACAUGAUUUUAUGCCAAAGAAGUUUCAUUCUACCAGCAUUACAUUUGCCCUCUCUACAGAAACUAUAAUUUACUUAUGAUAAACCUAUUAAAAAGAAGAACUCUUAAUUAGGUGUACCGCUUAGGUUAUGUAUGUUAUAGGAAAUAAUUUAAUUACACUUAAAAUUACAACAAUAUUGGUACUCCGUCCACAUCAAAUUAGCUACAAGGAAAAUAAAUAUUAUUUUAAGUUACAACACUAUUAUACAUGUAUAGUUGUACAACUUUCUUAAAGUUGAGUUCAUACUUCAUAAGUCAUCUUGUUUAUGCUUGUAAUACGAGCUAUAGCUUUAUUAUAGCUCCAUUUGUUAUUACUAUUAUAUAUUAUUAGUAUUAUUGAUUUUAUUUAUGAUUAUAUUUAAAACAUUUUUUUUUAUAAUUAGUUAACAAUAAGUAUAAAUGUACAUGAAAUAAAAUUCAAAAAUAGUGUAAUAAUAAUUCAUAUAAAAUAGGUCUGAAUUUUUUAUAAUCUGCAGUAGCUUUUUUUUUUUAAAUCGAAAACAGUUUCCUUUCUGCAAAUCUUUAAUCUAAAUCAAAUCCUAUUUUUGGAUGUUAUCGUUAUUUUUUGCCAAAUUUAUAAAGAACUGACGUUUUGUUUUUUAUGAAGAUUACAGUAGGUAAUAAUAGAUGAAAUAUUCUCUCGAAAUAUCGUAAUGUUCAAUCGGCUUAACAGUUAAUGUAAUGUCAACAACAUUUUAUUUUAUUUUGUAUUCAUCCCAUUUACUAAUUUAUUGUUUUAGGUUUAUUGUAAUGCAAUUUAUAUGCGUUUUGUUAGAAAUGAAUAAUUCAUUAUUUAUUGAUACUUAUUAACCCUAAUUUAUUUAGGUAAUACGUAACUAUUUGUUAAUUCUACAGACAGAAAACAUUGAUAUAGGUACAUACACAUACUGUAUUCAGCUAUGAACAUCCUAGUAAGUACUAUAAAUAUGAUAGUUUGUUACCAUUAAGUACUAAAACAACUCAAUCAAUCAUCGUGAAAUUUGGCAUAACAGGUAGUAUUUGGCAUGGAAAAGGACAUACAUAAGUUACACUUUACCACUUAUAAAUAUGUUACGAAGAUGAAGUCACAAGAAGUUUAUUAUUAAGUGGCCAUACAUCCUAAAGUCCACUGAUAAAUCUAACUUGAAUAAGCAUAUAUUCAAUGAAUAAAAGAUAUUCUUCACAAUCAGUUCUAGACUAUAUAUAAAUUUGAUAUAUUUUCAUCAGAAAGCGGUGCACCUUAUGUUAUUAUUUUGUUAUUACUCGUAGCAUUAGUUCAGAUUGCGUUAUUUAUUUACGAUUAUAAACAACGGGUAUUAAUAUAUAUUACCAGUCUCAUUAUAAUAUGAAAUUGAUGUACUGUACAGUUGUUAUGUAGUUUAGUAUUUAAUUAAUACUAUUUUUUCAGGACGUAUGUAAAGAUGCAAACAUAAUAAAUGUUAUAUUUUAUAUUGAGGUCCUAUUUGCUCCGUUGAGCUUAAAUAACAAGGCCAAAGCUUUGUGUCUACUCAAUGUAAGAAAUCUUACAAUGUACGUAGUCAACAUACCUAUCAUAUGUGAAUUUGUCUUAAACACACAUAACAAUUGUUAUAUCUACACGUAAUAGUCAAGCUAUUGCCUUGUGUAUUGUGUUUUAAGUUAAUACACUUAUUUCUAUGAAAUAAGUAUUAGUAACAUUAUCUCCUGUGAGGUUUACACGAUCUCAGUUCUACACAAUAAUAUAUAAUGAUAACAUGUACCUCGUGUCUAUAACAGACUUUCAUGACGUUCAAGAUUAUUACGAUGUAAAUAUUUAUAAGUUGGCAAUUAGGUAUUCACCAACACCAAAGUAGCUACUUGAGUUCUGCUGUAGAUACGGAUAUAUUUUAUCAUUUAUUAUUACUCAUUAAAUAAACAUGAACUGGAAAAUACAUGACUAAAAUAUCUAGUUACAUGUUAUUUUCAUGUAUAUAGCGUAAAAAUAUAGUUUGAUGUAAUAUUUAAUAACUACCAGUAUUUCUAAAUGUUAUAAGUAAGAAAACAUUUUAAUGUAUAAGUGUAGGUAUUUAAAUAAAUAAAAUGGUAUAUAGUCGGUCAAUUUGUACUGUGGCAAGACUGAAAAUGUAUAAUUUUAACAAUGUCCCGAAUGUUUGUAAUCAUUACAUUUUCCUAUGUAUUUUUUCAAAAUCAUGGCCGUCGUUUACAUUAAAGGAUAAUAAUUUCA